UUCAAUCCUGUUUUUGCGUUGUACGAUUUGAAAUCUCUGAGAAAAUACGUAAUAGCCUGAAAUGGAAUCGAUUUCUAGGAUUACGUUUUGCAUUACGAUUUGGAUUGCUCUCCACGCGAUUGAAGUAAAAUCUGAGACUGGUUUCCUUUACAAUGCACAAAUGCAAAGAAUUGAUGAAGUCAAGGAAGGUGACGCUAAAAAACAUAGUCCAUUAUAUGUGGUAGCUUGUCCGGCAAACUCCGAACAGGAGUCAAAGUUUAACAAUUUCAUUUCUGUUGGAAAAAAUAGCCUGUUUGUAAGGAAGGUCUACACUGAAGAUAUGAAAGCGAUUGAUCUUGAAGUAAAUAUAUGUCAGAAAUCUUUCAAGCAUUCGGUGGUUUUCGAUAAGAAGAAAUAUACCUAUGAAAUUGGUUAUGAGCUUUAUUAUAAAGAAAAUGAACUUGACUUGGAGUGUACUAGAUACGACGACCUGAGAGAAAUCAUCGAAAAUGUUCCCUAUUUAAACGAAUUAUCCAUAUCAAAAAAUCUAGGCUAUAAAGAUGUCGUUACUGGAAAAUAUUCAGACGAAAUUACCACCCAAGUCUUGAAGAAUAUCAAGUUCACUCUGCCUGAUAAACAAACAUUGGUAUUUCAUUGGAUACCAGUGUUAUCCAUUAAAUUUAAUCCAAUCAAAUCCCAAGUACGAAUUAAUCUGAGCGGUAAUGUCGUUAUUGAUCGCCAUACAAGUGAAAUGAAUAAAUCCAAUGACUAUCUUUUGGGACGAAAUUCAUUCAGCUUUUACCCAUUUCUUCUCUCCGAGGACGACUCGUCUAAAAUUGGAACACCUCUGAUGCCAUUAAUGUUCUUGCACACUAAGGCAUCCAGAACCGCCGCUUUCACUCACCUCAACUUCAUUCCUGUGUUGCGUAGUGUACUUGAUGGGCAUUUGAGGUUUAUUGAUGAAUUUUUGUACACUUUAUAUCGGCAUUAUAGUACAAGAAUAAACCUGAUUUUCGGCAUAACCGGGGCACGUCAGAAGAUAAAAACGUCCAUUCGUGAUGACCAAAAUAAUCUUCUCACAGAUGAAAGUGAUGAAAAUACGAUCCUAGUACCAAAUAAAAUAAUAUACCGAAUUGUAGAGUACAUGAUGCCUACACCACCGUCAUCCCUUAAUUUCUACUUAGUAAUAAUUAUUCAUAACGAUCGUAACCAUGUGCCUGGUGAUGAAAGAAUCUGCCCAAAAAAUCAAGUUUACGAUUAUGCCCUAUCGAAUGAAGACAAUCCGGAGGCUGGAAUCAGCUAUGCUUGUGCUCCGUCAUGGGAACUGUUUCAAAAAUUAGGUGCUUUCGAUAGCAAACCAGUCAGGUCAACGUCAACUUUAUAUUUGUCUGAAUUGAAUGUAGGCAUAGGUGUUAACAAGAUUGACAAGGAGAACGUACUGAAAUCUGUCGAAAAAGAGAUGCCCGAAUUAUUUGGAGAUAGAUAUGCUGGAUUAGUAUUAUCGGGAAUCAAUAGAAACGUGAGUGCUUGAUGAGGAGGAUGCAUCUAGUUUUGAAAAUUCUGUGAGAGAGCUUCUCAUGAUUUCAAAAUAUGAAAAAAUAUGUUUAUAAGUAUCUAGAAAAAAAUUUGAAUCCACUCUGUAAACUUAUACAUAAGUUUCAAAUCCCAUUUUAUUUGGCUCUGAUCAAGAAACCACUUGAAGUAUAGGGCUCUGAUUACUAUACGAAAAUUAAAUUUUUAGAAUGAGUAUGUUCCAAACCUCAAAAGUCAUAACUUAUCCAAUAUUUCAGCUUUCUGAACAGAUUUUUUAACUUUCAAAUUUUUAAAAAUUGAGAUAUUCACUGUCGAAAAAGUCCAGCUAGAAUUUGUUGGGAUUGUAGAUUUUUGAAUCAAACAUCUUGAUAGAUCAUUGAUAGAAAGCAUUUUCCGUUUCCAGAAGUACCCCGAUAAAUUAUGUAGGCACAUAGUUCCAAUAGAUGGAAAAUUUCUCAGUUUCUCUGAAAAAAACCACUUAAUAUGGGACCGACUCCUGUUCCAAAAUAUUUCAUCCUCCCCCCCCCCCAAAAAAUGAGCAGUAUCAUACCUAGUUGAAUUUUUGAAAAAAAGAUGAACCAAAACUCCAAAGACCACAAUUUUAGCUCCUCGGAUUGAUAGGUUGAUUUUUGGUUAAUAUUUGAUUGUUUACCUACUUAUUAAAUUUUAAUAGGAGGGUAUCAAUCAAAUAAUAACCAAACAUCAACCUAUUAAUCCGAGGAGCUAAAAUUGUGGUCUUUGGAGUUUUGAUUCAUCUUCGUUUCAGAAAUUCAACUUUUGUUGAGGUUGGGGGUUUCAAAUGGUUUCUAAUGUAAAUAUUCCAAUGUAACUAUUUUUUUUUCUAGCACAUUCGCCUGUUUGAAUGGCUCAGAUUUUUGUUUGUGAGUGCCUAUUUUCUAAGUUUAUUUUAAAAAUUAAGUAAAGUUACGUUUGUAAAAAUUAACUGAAGUAUAAUAUUCUGCAUCUCACUUUAAUAUUAGUGACUUUUAUUCAAUAAGUAAAAUUUAGAAAUGUUUAUGAUUCGAUAUUCUAGAAGAUUUAAAUAUAC